AUGAAGCUCGCUGCUACCUGGGCAUUGGCGGCCCUGGCGGCUCAGGCUGCUGGUGCAGCAAUCUCCCAUAAGCUCAAUGGCUUUACAAUUACAGAGCACCCUGAUCCUGCGAAAAGAGAGCAGCUCCAGAAAUACGUUACCUGGGAUGACAAGUCGUUGUUCAUCAAUGGCGAGCGCCUCAUGCUUUUCAGUGGUGAAGUUCAUCCAUUUCGUCUACCAGUCCCAUCUCUGUGGAUCGAUAUUUUCCAGAAAGUCAAGGCCCUUGGCUUCAACUGUGUAUCCUUCUAUGUGAAUUGGGCUUUGGUAGAGCACAAGCCCGGCCACUACCGAGCUGACGGUAUCUUCGACUUGCAGCCUUUCUUUGAUGCUGCGCAGGAGGCCGGUAUCUAUCUUCUAGCUCGCCCUGGCCCUUACAUCAACGCCGAAGUUUCUGGAGGCGGCUUCCCUGGAUGGCUGGCGCGUGUCAAUGGUACCCUUCGGACGAGGGAUGAAGCAUACCUCAACUCAACUAACAAUUAUGUCGCUCAUGUUGCUGCGACGAUCGCCAAAGCUCAGAUCACGAACGGGGGGCCGAUUAUCCUGUACCAGCCAGAGAACGAGUACACAAGUGCUUGCUGUGGGGUUGAUAACUUCCCAGAUGGCGUCUACAUGCAAUACGUUGAGGACCAGGCUCGUAAUGCGGGUAUUGUCAUCCCACUAAUAAGCAACGACGCGGCUCCAGAGGGGCAUGAGGCUCCGGGGACUGGAGUGGGUGCGGUCGAUAUUUACGGCCAUGACGGCUAUCCACUUGGCUUCGAUUGCUCGAAUCCUACUGUCUGGCCGAGCGGCGAUCUUCCUACCAAUUACUGGUCUCUGCAUGAGCAGCAGAGCCCUACCACACCAUAUUCUAUUGUUGAGUUCCAAGGUGGUGCCUUUGACCCCUGGGGUGGAAGUGGGUUUGAUAACUGUGCUGAGCUUCUGAACAACGAGUUCGUGCGGGUCUUUUACAAGAACAACUUUAGCUUCCGCGUUGCAUUUAUGAAUCUGUACAUGAUCUUCGGUGGUACCAACUGGGGCAACCUUGGACAUCCUGGAGGAUACACUUCUUACGAUUAUGGUGCAGCUAUCUCCGAGUCUCGCAACAUCACUCGUGAAAAAUACAGCGAACUCAAGCUUCUCGGAAACUUCAUGAAGGUCACGCCGGGUUAUCUGCUGACAGCCCCCGGAAACUCCACAAGCUCUACAUAUACAAGCACUUCGGAUCUGACUGUCACUCCACUUCUCGGAAGUAACAGCUCGGCUUCGUCUUUCUUCGUCGUUCGCCAUUCCGAUUAUUCCAGCCGAGACUCCGUGGAAUACACGCUGAAGCUACCAGUUGCUGGUAAUGUUUCGAUUCCUCAGCUUGGCGGCAAACUGACGCUUGGUGGUCGCGACUUGAAGAUUCACGUUGUGAACUAUGACGUGGCAGGAACGAACGUUCUUUACUCCACGGGUGAAAUUUUCACUUGGAAGAAGACGGAUAACGGAAAAAUCCUUGUCUUAUAUGGCGACACAGGCGAGCACCAUGAGCUCGCCGUUUCGGGGGCGUCUAAGUCUUCCGUUGUGGAAGGUUCGUCGUCUGGCAUUACUUCCAAAAAGGUCGGAUCGGCCCUGAUCAUUGGAUGGGAUGUGUCGACAAGUCGUCGCAUCGUUCAGGUAGAUGACCUGAGGAUCAUUUUGCUGGACCGAAACUCUGCUUAUAAUUACUGGGUCCCACAACUGUCUUCAAAUGGUUCAGUCGGCUAUAGCUCGCAGGAAACCACCGCCUCGUCAGUCAUUGUUAAGGCUGGCUACCUUGUUCGAACCGCAUCCCUGCAGGGUAGUGAUUUGCAUAUCAGCGCCGACUUCAAUGCUACUACAACCGUGGAGGUCAUCGGAGCUCCAUCAUCGGCGAAGAAGAUUGUUAUCAACAAUCAGACUCUUGAUACAACGGUAGAUAAAAACGGCAUUCUGUCUGCCAGAGUUCACUAUAAGGCCCCAAAGUUCAAAUUUCCAAGUCUGAAAGACUUGCCUUGGAAGUCCAUCGAUACGCUGCCGGAGAUCCAAACCUCAUAUGACGACUCGGCCUGGACCGCGGCCAACCACCCUUAUACCAACAACAGCGCCAAUCCCAUCAAGACCCCAACUUCCUUGUACUCGACCGACUAUGGCUUCAGCACUGGAACGUUCAUUUACCGCGGCUCAUUUGUCUCCGCGGGCAAUGAGACAAGCUUUGCUUUCCACACUGAGGGAGGUCUGGGCUACGGGCAUUCCGCUUGGAUCAAUUCAACCUUCAUUGGAUCCUGGAUUGGAAGUGUCUUCAGGCCGGGAGAGACGUACGUCCUUACCAUCGUUAUUGACAAUAUGGGCUUGGACGAAAACAACGGCCCCGGCUAUGAAGGAACUAAAGACCCUCGUGGUAUCCUAGACUAUACUCUCUCAGGCAGAUCCGCCGAUGCCAUUACCUGGAAGCUCACCGGAAAUCUCGGUGGCGAAGACUAUCAAGACCUCACCCGUGGUCCUCUCAAUGAAGGUGGUCUCUACGCUGAACGCCAAGGCUUCCACCAGCCCGAGCCACCAAGCCAGGAGUGGAAUACCAGCAGCCCUUUCACAGGCGUAUCGCAGGCUGGUGUCCAAUUUUAUAGUACAAGCUUCGAUCUGGACCUGCCCAAGGGAUGGGAUAUCCCUUUGUACUUCGACUUCAGGAACUCGAGCUCGUCGCCGGCGCCGUAUCGUGUCCAGCUCUUCGUGAACGGAUACCAGUACGGGAAAUAUGUCAGCAAUAUUGGCCCCCAGACUGCAUACCCUGUUCCGGAGGGUAUUUUGAACUACCAGGGCAGAAACUGGAUCGCUUUGACCCUUUGGGCUCAAGACCAGAACGGUGCUAAGCUUGGUGGACUUGACUUGAUCUCUACUACUCCUGUUCUGACUGCUUUGCGUGGUGUCGAGUCGGUCGACCAGCCUAAGUACCAAAAGCGCAGUGGCGCUUAUUAG